CUAAAUUCGAUAACGAAAGUCAUUGUGAAUAAUCAAGUGAUUUUAUAUUCAGAAGUUGGUGGUUUAUAGUAAUGUAAUUAUGUAAUCAAUUAUGUUCUUAAAUUUGACAGACUUAACAGAUCAAAAGAUCCAAUAAGUAGAUGACGUUGUGAUUUUGCUGGAAUAAAUAAACAUUGUGUAUAAAACAUACGACACGUGGGUAUCGUGCUGAAUAAAUCGAUAGAGACAUAAGACGCGUGCGCCAGUCUCUAUCAACAAGAUUAUUUUAUACCAAGGUCAUUUUGCACAAACACGUGCAAUGUCGGAUUCUAUUUACACACAUGACUUUCUUUUAGAGCCUGGUGUUGAGAUUAAACAGGAAUCCCCUUUUGAGCUAGGUACCAUGUCUGCCUCGGUGCCCAUCCCGCAGCGGCGCAAUGAUCUUGGAGAUUUUGGCACAGAUUUAGAUCUGUGUUUACAAGACAAUCUCACAGGGUCUUUCCAUAAUGUACCCAAUAUGCAGUACAGUAAAUUAGCAUUUGAUAAUGAAAACUCAUCCAAAACAGAAACCUUUAAAAUGGAUGAUGAUGAUAUAUUUCAAGUUGACAAGGCAGAUUUGAUAUUAGGCCCUACUCUGGCUGAAUUAAAUGCUAAUCCAGACACCCUCUUAGAGGAUUUAAACUUUGAUGAUUUAUUAUUACCAGAAGAGAGUGGUUACUGUAUUCAGAUUGGUGGAGUUAUGAGUGGAUCUCGUCGUACAAAUAAUAUGAUGCAAGUCACAAACACCAUAUCAGCAGAAAGCCCAUGUAGUCCAUAUAGCAGAGCACAGCUUGCCUUUUCUCCAUCAAGUCAGCACAGCUCAGCAUCUUCAAGUUUCGCUCAGCCUAUGAACCAGUUGCCAGAGCUAUUGCACCGUCUGGAUGGAUAUAGUGGGGAGAUUGCUCUGGGUCAAUCAGUUCCGGCUUCCACAGUGCUGCCACCUUUUCCAGCAAGUGUUAAACCUCAAAAUACCCAACUAUCCUCAUCUGCUCCAACACAUCUUACUAUGGAACAGAUUUGGGCCCGCCGUGAGCCUCGCAAACAUUUGCUAUCUACGAGCUCACUAGCAGAGGCCGGCUCCAUUUCAUCUCUAUCUGGAGGGGUACUUAGCCCAGGUACUGGUGAUUUCUCACAGGAUGAAGAUGAUAGAGAUGUGGAAUCAGAUGAAGACAGUGAUAGAUAUGAAGACCUUUCUUCAGAUGAAUCUAAUGAUGAAUGUACUGAAAGUAAACAGGCAAGACAGAAUGCUAAGAAAGAAAGAUAUUUCUGGCAGUAUAAUGUACAGGCUAAAGGCCCUAAAGGGCAAAGACUGGUUUUGAAGAAGAAAUCUGAAGAUCCUCAUGUAUUGAAUUCUGUCACAGACCCUGUAUUUAGUCCCAAUUGUAGUGUGAGGGGUAUAAAACACAGUGGUAAAGCACGAAAAGGAGAUGGAAAUGAUCUGACCCCAAAUCCGAGAAAGUUGUAUCUUAUUGGAAAAGAACUGGACAAUUUAGGUAAAGUGAUUAAUGACAUGAUACCAGUCAGCGAGUUGCCUUUUAAUAUCAGGCCUAAAACAAGAAAAGAGAAGAACAAACUUGCCUCAAGAGCUUGCAGGUUAAAAAAGAAGGCUCAACAUGAGGCAAAUAAAUUAAAACUUUAUGGAUUACAACAAGAGCACAAACGACUUCUAAACGGUAUUAAUCAGUUGAAGCAAAUAGUAGGCAACAGGGUGACCAAUCCUCAAAACAGUGUUGAUUGGUCAGCUCACAUCAAUGAAAUAGUAAACACAUCGACGGAGGUGAAAAUUGCUGGAAAAACGUCAGAGUUUGUAAAUAAAAUUCUGGACAAUGUAAAAUCGGGCCAGAAUAACGGCGGCUUAAGCGAUUUAUAA